CGUCGUUGUCCUCUGCCUUUACUAGGGGUGUCCUACUGAUUCCGGCCUGUUAUGCUUAACCAGUCCGAAGUAGCUAAGUAUUUUGAUCAAUGUCAUAACAAUAGCGAGAUCGAGGAGGUCCUCAGUGCCUACAUCGUUUGGAAAUUCUACCGUGGACAUAAUCCUGCGCAAGUCUUGCUUAAGAUGCACCACCCGUGCUGCUAUCUUCGAGUGACCGGUCGCUCUCGAAUUCUGACUAUUGGCUAUGAUGCUUUCAAGAUCCUCACAGUGGAGGUCGCCCUUGGAGGAGGAAGAAUAGGUGUUUUACCAUCUUUCACGAAACCUGGCCUCGCCGUUUGGAAUACCCUCCGCCAAGCAGCAAGCCACUCUUCCUCCCGUAAACGCAAGAUAGUAACCGAUGAGAUCUACGGCGGUCCUGGCCCCGUCCUCGCUUUUCUUCACCUCAGCCCGUCACAACCAUUUUCACCCUUACCACCACCAACAUCAUCAUCCACACCAAUCAGACUAAUAUAAACGGAGGGCUGAGAACGGCACGGACAGAUGAACGUCCGCCAUGGGCGGAUCGGUAUUUCCGCGCGAGACUGCAAUUCGGAAAUAUCGGUGUACCGGACUAUACAAGUGAACGUGGGACUCCCCGUUUAUAUGAGCAGGGAGUUGGCUGUAGGACUGGAAUCGAUGGCUAGGGUAUUGAGUCAGUCGAGGGAAGAGGUAGAGGCGGAAGACGGAAUAGCGGCAGCAUGAAUGACCGAGAUAUGCGGCGCAACAUGUUCGGAUAUUCAUCUUUGCGUUUUGUUUGUAUUUAUGCAGCACUUGCCGAACCCGUCAAAGUCGAAGACGACUCCACGACCACCACGUCGUUUCUGAUCACCCUUGCCUUCAUCAAGCUCCUGAUCUUUGACGUUGUCGUCCUCAAAAUCAAGCUUAUUGAUGAUCUCCUGCGAUGUUGAACCAGUCCGAAAUCGCGAAGUACUUUGAUCAGUGUUGUAGCAGUAGCGAGAUCGAAGAGGUCCUCAGUGCUUAUAUCGUGUGGAAGUUCUAUCGUGGGCAUAGCCCAGCUCAGGUCCUGCUUAAGAUGCAUCACCUCUGUUGCUUUCUCCGGGUGACGCAAGUCUUGAACUCUGUCUUAACGCCCGAUCGGCUCGAGCUCAUCUAGGCAUCAUCUCCCUACCAGCGGGCGAGCCCGAAUUUUGACCAUCGGAUAUGAUGUUCUCAAAAUCCUGACAGUAGAGGUCGCUCUGGGCGGAGGACGGAUCGGGGUGUCACCGACCUUCACGAAACCCGGCCUUGCUGUCUGGAAUGCUCUCCGACAGGAUGCAAGCCGAUCGCCUUCUCGCAAGCGCAAGAUCGUCACCGAUGAGAUUUAUGGUGGUCCUGGCCCAGUGCUCGCUUUCCUGACGGUGGACCAGCGACAAUCUUCUGCAUCAUCCUCCCCUACCACGCGAAGCACGAUCUUGGGGAUUGCGAGGACGGACGAACGACCUCCGUGGGUGGAUCGAUACUUCUACGCGAGGCCGCAGUUCGGGAAUAUCGGUGCGCCAGAUUAUACUAGUGAACGGGGGACGUUGCCUGUCUAUAUGAGCAGGGAGUUGGCGGUAGGUUUGGGGUCGAUGGCUAGGGUGCUGAGUCAGUCGAGGGAGGAGGCGGAAGCGGAAGAAGAGGCGCU